AUGGACCAAGUCAAACGGGUCAGAGACUGGCAGAGAUGGGGGGGAGGAGAAGCAGCAGCAGAAGCCGGCCUCACAAUUGUCACACAGCUGCUCAUACAACUCAACCAAGCCAACCAAGCACCAACAUCACAACACCACCUGCAACAGCAACUGCGAGAAAUCCUCAUGCACACCAGGCGCAGGAGGCCCUGUCGCUGUGGAAGCACCACAAUGGACCCAGCCAACUUCACAGACUCACCCCCGCAGCAAGACGGCCAAGCAACCGAAACCGCGGGCCCACCACUGCACCACACGCACACACGGCAGACGUCAUUGGGCUGCAAGCGGGGGCCAACGAAAGCAACCACAACCGACCCCAAGGCACCAAGCCACAUAGCCACCGCCAGGCGACUCCUCGCACAGCUCGUGCCCUUCCUAGUAGAAGAGGCAAACCUAGCAGCCCAAGCCCUCAAUGCGCUUGAUGAGUGGCUGGCAGCGCAGUGGGUCGAGCACAUCAUGCUCCGGGACACGCAACCCGGAGACGACAAGGCUGGCCUUGGUGAACACACGACGACGCACAACUACCAGAAGGGGGCAAUCUACACCGACGAACUCGUCCUCUACCAGACAUCGACAGCCGACGGCCGCGACAGCCGAGCGCGCAGAAGGUCGUCGUGGUCUCGAGACCGCGCAGAAGGCCGCAGCCGAGUGGUGCUGCGAGCCCGGGAGGCUUCAAGGUCGCGCUCCGACAGCAGGUCUUUGAGGCCUUUGCGACCUUUGAGCCCAAGCCCACCACGGAGGCGUCGGCGAUUGCACAGUGGCUCCCAGGUCGACGCAAAACGGAGCGCAAAACAUAGAGGGCUCCGAGGCCAAAGUGCGGAGCCCGAGACGAGCCCCAAAAAACCAGCGCAGAAGCGGGCGGAAACACCGCCCGCGCCCCGGAAGCGGCAGCCGCGGCAAACGGAGCGGGCGCCGCGGCAGCGGGUGCCGGAGCACCGGGAGCAGCGGGCGCAGCGGACGCAGCGGGCGCGGGACCGGAAAUCCGAGCAGUCCGAGCAGGCCUCGGAGGCGGAGCGCUCCGCAGAGCGCUCCGCAGAGCGCUCCGAAGAGCGGGACGCCGGCAAGUCCCAGCCUUCGGAGCCCAGAGGAGAGUCUGGCAGGGAUCGGCAGCGAAAGGAGUACAUGCAAGCCGCAGCCCAACAGGCAGCGUUCAUGCAGUUCAUGCACCAUCCAGGCUACAUGGCCAUGGUGCAGCAACAGAUGGGGAUGAUGCCGCCCCACAUGAUGCACAUGGGCAUGCGGGGCAUCCGGCCGCACGCGCCGUGGGGCCCGUCUCGGCCAGGCCGGUCCUCGAGCAGUGAGAGCUACUCAAGCAGCUCCAAAGAAGGCGCGCAGCCGUCGGCGAGCAAGCAGGUGGCCGCAGAGGUGGAGGAGUUUCUCCAGGCGGCCACAGACCUCGAAGUGGAGGUGGCCAACAAGCUCCGGGACAUGCCGCCACAUCUGCAGCAGGAAGUCAUGCGGCGCGGCCCCUUAGAUGCCAGGAGUCCGACCUCCUCGCUCCUGAGCCGUAUGAAGCAGGCUCUCGAAGCAGAUCGUUCGGGCUGCCUGCUUCGAGGUCCAAGACAAAACGGAGGGAUGCGGCCGGUAAAGCAAUCGGCCAAAGCAGCCAUUGAGGCGCUCAUUAACGACUUCCGCCUCCAGCCGGAGUGUGCUUGGAUGCUGCGAUCCCUGCCACCAGACAAGCAGAAGCUGGCAGCAAGGAUUGAUCCUUCUGGUCAAGCAGAUGCUUCGGGGUAUGUGGCUGAGGAGCUGAAGAAGAUCGUUUGA